AUGGCAGAAGACUCGGUUGACACAUUAACUUCACAAGCGGCCAAACUCAGCUGGCUUAAAGGCAAGAUCAAUCUAGAGGUGGUCGAAUCUUCCGGUGAAAGUUCAAAGAAGCUUUUGAUUGGUAAGAUUAUAUCCAACAAGCCCUUUUCAAAGAGUUUAGUCAAAGAAAUUUUGGUGAAAGCUUGGAAUGUGAUAAAUGAUAUAGAAGUGACAGUAGUAGACAAGAAUGUUUUUAUGUUUUCUUUUCAACAUGAGGCAGACGUGAGACGGGCUUGGGAUAGAAGGCCCUGGACAGUCAAGGGCGAUCAUUUAAUCCUAAAACGUUUCUGCUCUGAUAUCAGUGUGUCUGAAGUAGAUUUCUCCACCACUGAAUUCUGGAUUCAGAUCCAUGGUCUCCCACUUAACAGAAGAAGUAAGGAGAACGUGCUGAAAAUUGGUAGUAUAGUGGGUAAAGCUUUGGAUACUGAUUUGGUUGGCCCUGGUUCUGGGAUUUGGAGCAAAAGUGUUAGAGUUCGGGUUGAAUUGGAUAUUUGUUGCCCGUUAGUGCCAGGUUUCCCGUUGGAAAGGGAUAAUCUUCCUGUUCUGUGGAUCCCAUUUAAGUUUGAAAAAUUGGGGAAUUUUUGUUUUGGAUGUGGUUUGCUUGGCCAUGAUCUCCGUAACUGUCAGGAUUUGGGAGUCCAGAACGGUGGUUUCUUUGGAAGAUGGCUAAGAGCAGAUAAUGAUGAAUUUCAACCGGGUAUCAAGUUGGAUGACUUUCACAUUCCAAAUCGUCCAGCAUUGAUGUCCAUUAUCCCAGAUUCAAGGCCCUCUGUUCAGAUAGAACAGUCCAGUCGGAUCCAAACAGCCAUGGGUUCUCGGGAUGAAAUGAUCACAAGGGAGGCACAUGGCAAAAGAGUAGAACCAGUGGAGGUCCUCGAGCAGUGUAGGAUGGUGACUCUCCUUCAGAAUGAUGGGACUUCAUUGGAAAAGGUUACUGAUGUCCGGUCAGAAUCCUUAGUUGUGAUUGGUGAUUUCAAUUGCAUCAAGAGGGCGAAAGAGAAAUGUGGUGGUAGGUUAGUGGCUGAGAGCUCAGUGAAUUGUCUUAGAGAUUUUAUGUUGAAUACGGGUGCUAUUGACCUUGGAUUUAUUGGGCCUUCGUUCACAUGGUCUAAUAGAAGGGAAGGUUUGGCCAAUAUAAAAGAGAGAUUGGACCAAUGUCUGUGUGAUCAAGAGUGGCAGAACUUAUUCCCCAAGGCUGGGGUUAGACACCUGUGCAACUCCAACUCGGAUCAUAAUCCGAUAAUGCUUGAUACUCAUUUAGAUUCUGGGAAGUGGCCUCGACCAUUUCGUUUUGAAGCUAUGUGGACCAAGGAGGAGGGUAGUAGACAGGUGGUGGAAGAACUUGAUGACUGGCUCACAAGAGAAGACCUGCGGUUACAGCAGAGUUCUAGAGAGCUGUGGGUUAAAGAGGGGGAUCGUAAUUCUAGAUUUUUCCAUCUCUCAACCAUCAUCAGAAGGCGUAGGAAUUGCAUUUCAGAGAUAAAGUUGGAUGAUGGGUCGUGGAUUAGAGACCGGGAGGAUAUCCAGAGAUAUUUUUUGGAUAAUUUCUCCACUCUGUACAAUUCUUGUCAACCCCAGUUCCCUAUGAAUCUUGAGAAUCUCAUUCAACCAUGUGUUUCUGAUCAAGAAAAUCUGGGGCUGUGUAAAGUUCCCUCUAGAGAUGAGAUUAAAAAAGUGGUUUACGAGAUGAAAGCCCUUAAAGCUCCAGGUCCAGAUGGCUUCCCAGCUCUUUUUUAUAAGCAUUACUGGGACAUUGUGGGGGACCAGCUAGUUUUUGCUGUCCAGAGUUUCUUUCUUAAUGGCAGGCUGCAGAAAGAUUUCAAUAAAACCUUCAUCGCCCUUAUUCCAAAAAAGAAAGGUGCGCAUAAUUUUAAUCAUUUCCGUCCUAUCGGUCUGUGUAAUGUGAGUUAUAAGGUGAUAUCGAAAAUCAUUGUUAAUAGACUGAGGCCUCUUUUAGAUAAAAUGGUGGAUCCAGCCCAAGUGGCAUUUGUUCCGAAUAGAUGGAUUAAUGAAAAUAUAGUUCUGGCUCAUGAGAUUGUGCACAGUUUCAAACACACAGGGAAGAAGAAGGGCUUUCUUGGAAUCAAACUAGACUUUCAAAAAGCAUACGAUAGAAUGGAAUGGAGUUUUCUGCUGGAGGUUCUUAAAGCUUUUGGUUUCAGCAACUCCUUUGUUAACCUCAUUCAUCAAUGUCUAUCUUCAGUUGAAUUCUCACUUCUAUUAAAUGGGAGCCAAUGUCCAAGUUUCUCCCCCUCCCGUGGCCUUAGGCAAGGUGACCCAAUAUCACCUUAUUUGUUUAUUCUGGGCAGCGAAGUUCUUCUAAGACUUAUAAAAAGGGAGGUUGAUCAGCAGAGGCUAUCUGGUGUUAAAGUGUCCAAUACGACUCCUCCCAUUUCUAAGCUAUGUUAUGCUGAUGACAUCAUAUUAUUUUGCAAGGCAAAAUCUUCUGAGCUAGCCACCCUUAAAGUUUGCCUGGAGAAAUAUUGCUCUUGGUCGGGUCAGUCCAUUAACAUAGAAAAAUCUGGUUGUUUCCCCUCCAAAGAGGUGAGCCCUCAAUUUAUCAAUCAAGUGAGAUGUAGCUGGGGUCUGAACAUUCUGUCAAAUAACACCACCUAUCUUGGAGUUCCACUCUUUCUUUCUAGGAGCAGGAAUAAAGACUUCAGAUACAUUAAAGAGAGGCUGGAUAGUAAGCUAAGUGGAUGGAAAAGCAAGAAUUUGUCUUGGUCUGGGAGAGCAACUCUUAUCAAAUCGGUGGCCCAAGCCAUUCCAGCCUAUGCUAUGUCUACCAUCCAGCUUCCUAAAGGUCUUUGUGAGCAACUUGACGAGUCAACUCGCAGAUUUUGGUGGAAUUCUAAAUCUAAGUCCGGUUCAUACUGGACUCCAGUAUCUUGGUCUACUCUUUGUUGGCCCCAAAAGGAAGGAGGCUUGGGUUUCAGGAAUCUCUGGGACUUCAACCAAGCUCUCCUCUCCAAAUUUGGCUGGUGGAUUUUAACAGGAAAAGAUUGUCCUUGUGUAAAUGUGCUGAGGGCGAAAUACAAGAUCCGUAAUAACUGGCUGACUCAUUCCUAUCAUGGCCAUGCUUCCCUAUUUUGGAAAAGCUUGUUGGGUAUUAAGCACAUCAUCGCCAAGGCGGGAUGUUUUGUUUUGGGCAGUGGGGAUUCUAUUAGAAUAUGGUUUGAUCCUUGGAUCCCCGAUCUUCCAGGCUACAUUCCUUCCCCUAAGGUUGAUGCUAAUCCAGACUUGGCCUUGGUUGUGUCUCAGCUCUUGUCAUCGGAUCCAUGUAGAUGGGAUGUUCACAAAUUGAACUAUUUCUUCGACGAGACGGUAGUUGAUCUCAUUCUGAAAAUCCCCAUCCCAAUCAGUCAUUCUGUGGAUAGUUGGUCGUGGACUGUCACAAACUCGGGGUCUUUUUCAGCCAAAUCUGCUUAUUGGCUGUGCAGGGCAGCCUCGUCCCCCUCGAAUAUUGAUGCUACUAGGGGUCAAAUAUGGAAAUCCAAGCUUCAUGAGCGCCUUAAAAUGCUUUUGUGGAGAAUUGCUACCAAUGUGCUGCCUUCUAAAGAGGUAAUCAGUAGAUUUAAUGAGAAUAUUGAUAGUUGUUGCUCAUUGUGCGGUUUGGCUACUGAGUCUUCCCUUCACCUAUUUACGGUUUGCGCUAUUGCUAAAGCUGUAUGGUUUCAAAGUCAGUGGGGGUUGAGGAUGGAAGAGCUUAGAAAUAGUUCCAUAUUUGAUUCCGUUGUGCCUAACUUGGAGGGUGCUGUGUCAAGGAUUUUUAGCCUUUUUGCUGAGCAUAAAAAUUCAAGAGCAUCCUCUACUAGUCAUCUGGCCUCGGCCUCUCCUCAGGUUUGGUUUCCCCCCUCAAGGCGGGACAUAAAAAUAAAUGUAGAUGCAGCAGUGGGUCCUCGCUUUUCUGCCAUCGCUGUAGUUGUGAGAGAUUGGAGAGGGGAGUUGGUGUUUGCUGGCUCUAUGAAAGUGAACACCACCCUCCCUCUUCAAGCUGAAGCAGAAGCAGUUAGAUGGGCAAUCUCUUUAGCUCCUGCUCUGGAUGGUGUUUCUGUGCUUGUGGAGUCUGAUUCUCAAGUUGUUGUACAACUUCUAUCAAAUUUGACACUACCUCCUCCUUGGAGAAUCAGGUCGCUUUGUGUUGAUUUGAGGUCUCUGCUCACUCUCCAUGUGGGUUUUGCUCGGACUGUCUCUCUUCUGUUGUUGUGA